CAUGCCGCCCCACAGAAGGAAGUUUCAUCCCGUGUUCGGUCUCUAUGAGAGCUGUCCCACCUGGGUCACAGCAACAACAGCAAUAACUACAACAACAGCAGCAACAACAGCAGGCAACAGUGUCUCUCCCACCCCGCAAGCAGGAGCUGGUGCUUCGUCAGGCGAUGCCGGAGGUGAGAGAGCUGAGAGAAGCCCUGCCAGAGAUGUCCCAGGCUCCCAUCACGGGCAUCGGCAUGGUGGCCAGCCGUGGCUCGGCUCCACAGGGAUACGAGGUGAUCCUAAACUCGGACGACAAUGUGGAGGCCGACCUUUGGAAAGACAAGAUGUUCAAGUCGAAGACAAAGCGCUACCUCUGCGUCACCCGGAAACCCAAUUGUACUCUGGGAGUGACUACACAAGGCGAAGAGGCCUCCGCUCCGGGACAUGGCGACAACGUGGUGGUGGACAUGAAGCUGGUGGGAGAGAAGGAGACGCUGCCCGUCGGAUUUAUGGCCGUGCAGGACACCCUGGACACGAAGGAGCCUGCGCUGCAGAAGAAGCGCCUGUGCGUGAAGCUGAUCCCGCGCGACUCCACGGAGGUCGCCGUCUGCGACGUCAAGGUCAACGGGCGGGCGCGCCAGCCCCCGCCGCACUACACCUUCAUCGGGGAGCUGAACAGCAUGGGGCUGUGGUUCAAGCUGGGCAGGGUUCCCAAGUCUCCCUUCCGCAUGGUCAGGGGGCCCAGCGCCCCCCAGCUGCCAACCCCAACGCCUUCCCCCAGACCCAAGAUGCCCCCAAGGCAAGACUCGGCUCCUCUCCCGGCGUUGCCCAGCAGGUUCGAUGCCCGGUUAGACACCAGCUAUCAGAGCCAAGCCAUCUACACGUCCGCCAUGUCAGCGAUGGAAGGCGUACCCUUUGUGCUGCACGAACGAUACGCGACAGACAGUAACAAUCUUCGACAGUACGAGAUCCCACACAUCCAGCUCAAGUCCUUCAAAGAGAUUGAGUCCGAGUACGACUAUGACUUCUUGACGGAGAGAAGUGCAGCGGCGGCGAGGAAACCUCCGGCCAUGUCGUGAGGCGCUACGACGACGACGUCGACCCCUCCCGACCCCGGCCUCCCGUCUUCGCCGCCCUCUCCAUCCUCCUCCGUGCACGCGCAACGCCACGCAGCCAUCGUCACAAAGAAGCCAUCUCCGGAGCCAAGUGGGAGGGGGGGGCGGGGGAGGGCGGGGGGAGACUUUCGACGAGAAAUUAAUGAUCCCGAAAAUGUAAUUUACGGCAGGAGGGAUUUGGUGGAGCUUAAUUUCCAGUUGCCGGCGGGGCUGAGAGGUGCAAGCUCAAUCUGUCCGAUGUCAAAUGGAAACGUGCGAUUCUGGCGCAGAAAUUUGCCACCGUGGAAAAUGGAGAUCUCAAUGUCUUGACGCGUGUCGGGAAUUGGCGGCGGAACGCCAACGCUGCAAUCCUUUAACGUCCCUAAUUCAGUUCCACGUACGCCGAGUGUCGUCGUUAAUAAUUUUUUGUUACGUCCAAAUGAAGUGUCGCGUCCGCCGUUCGCAAAAGGGGGCAAAGCAAACUGGUGCGGGACGAUGAGCUGGUUCAGCGCGUGCGUCGACGCGAGUGUACAUUGCAAGUUGUGUUUACAGAGUUUUACUAUCGCAUAUUAAUGUUUUUUUAAAUGCGUGUUAAUCGUAAUUCCUUCUGAUUCUUUCGUCGUCGGGUCUCGUGAGGCCGAGAGACAGCAUUGACCUUCCAACGUCUGUCCUCCCAUUUUAUUUGUACAUAGCUCUUAGAAGAAAGUGUGAGUUCGUCUUGCCCCGGUAGUUGUUGUUGUUGACCUUUCACCGCUGAGAAAAUCAAAACGUCGAAUCGUACUCGUUUGUGUAAGUGUAUAUUGUGAGUCACAUUUUAAUCAUUGCGGCACCACCUCGAGAGGAAUUUUAUCUUCACACGGAUGUGGGCCCCCGUGUUUUAAGGCUUCUUCAUCCUCACGAGCACACUCUCACUUGUUGCGUGUUGCUCUCACCAAGACGAGGAGCUCUCCUUAACCUUUUUCCAUUCUGACGGUGUACGUCAUCAGUUUUUUUUUCUUCCCGAUUCCAUUCCGAUGACGCACGUGUACGUACGUCUACCUACGUGUAUAUCAUCGGAACGGAACCGGAAUGAAAACUAAACUAAAAUAACUUUUAUCAUGACCGAGGCUCCCACAAGGCCAUGCGGGAGGGCGUGUCACAGUUUGGCACCAGUUAUCAUAUCACGAAAGUUCUCUGCGGUGAGUACAAUGCCUUUAAAAACUACGGCACUACACCCCUCUAUAUAAAAUGUACGCUAACUGCUUGCGCGUCACGAGAUUCGGCGGUGAACGGGACCACCCACCCUGCGACUUGCAGACGUCUGGGAAAGGGUGAAAUUGCAGAGACGUGUCCUCAAAGAGAGCCAACUUGGGCUGCCCUCGUCAUGGAGUGGCUGUCGCUUUAUAUUAAACCCACGAAUGACGAACAUCUCGGUGCUUGAGCCGGAAUCCCGUGGGGGUUCGCUUGCGCGUGAUUGUCUGUGGCCGCGUGGCUCAGAUGACGAAAUAAACCUCCGAGGUCCAAGACAAAAGCCUGGUGAGCUCGCGUCAAUUGGAAGCCCCCUGUCUGGUUGCUAACCGUUGUUUAAGCACGAUCACACGGAGACGGCAAAGUGUCGUCUUCACGCAAGGUGUCUUUGAGAAUGUUUGGUCGCGGUUGUUGCGAGGGCUCCUUGGUGGCGAGAUGUUGACUACCUCGCCUGGUAUACAGGACGAGGGCAUGGGUUCGAUCCCGACCCUGACGUAUGUAUGUUUGGCGUUUGCAUGUUCUCACCGUGCUCACGUGGGUUUUUCUCCGGGUCGUCCAGUUUUUCCCUCCGCAUUUAGAAACGCGCGUUUAGAAUAUUUGGCUGCUGUAUAUUUCCACGUGAUCAGCCGCUUCAUUGAGCUAUGAAUUGUGGCCAGGUCACUUCUGAUAAAGAGCUAUGUAGCUCAGUGAGCCUUACCUGGUAAACUAAAAAAUAGUUCAAAGUUAAAACUCGGCUCUGAGUAAGAUGCUUGCCUCUCUCACACUGCGCGCAUCAUGGCGCGCAUAUUUUUCCACACUCUCUCGUCUCUUUCCAUUCUCUGUCACGUUCUUGUGGAGUUCCCUGACGAUAGAAUCAGAGCGGGGAGUUGUAAAGCGUGCCGCUUAAUUAGCCUGCGGACCUGCCAGUCUGAAUGCCGCACACUCUGCCCAUGGCGCCCUCAACGCCUCGCGCUCCGACUGUUCCGACUGCGCCAACUUUGCUCGCGAUCCAUCGGUCAUGGAGUCUGGCAGCCGAACGAAACUCGAUGUAUUCGUCGAUCGACUGCCCGUCACAGUUGUGUGUGCCGUUCAGUCGCUGGCGAUCCCGUCGCUCGUGCGCCUUUCACAGCUUUCUGCGAUCGUUGCGUUUCAUUUGCCUCCGCGAUGACGUUGCGAGUCGUCGAUUGUGCCAAGAAUUACAACAGCCGAUCCGUGGCUCUGGCUCCCGAUGGAGGCAACGAGACCGCGUUCUCGUGCGCAAGUGGGCGUUGAAUUUUGUUUCACGAUUUAUAUAUAUAAAAAAUCAACAAAAUAGAGCAUUUUUAGACGGUUUUCACGGUGUAAUUAGUUCUCAAAGUGUCAACAAUUUGAGCAAUUUUUUCCGUCCCUCCCCCACCACCGAUUUUUCAACCUUUUGUUUACCACUGGGCUGUUCUGCAAAAAUAAUUGUACCAGCUAUCAGCACGUGUCAUCCCGGCCGUGAUUACGGAGCAUGCUUUUAACGCUUCAGCGCCAGCGGACUGAAGUUUUUCAAGAGCAAUGCUGUCGCGGUGGUUUCUAAUCGUUUGAAGAGAGAGAGAGAGAGAUGGGAACAUUGGGAGGGGUGGAACGCACAAAGCUUUCACACAAAAAGCAAAAUAUAUUUUUUAUUAAUUCUCCCAAUGUGUCAGAACAUCAGGAAAGCAGCUUCAUGACCCAUUUUCAUCUGGAAGUUUGUACUCCAGAUGCAUUUUAUCAUUCACGUCGUUUCAAAUUUGUGUCCUGCAAGGUGACUUUAAUAAAAACGUCAUUUGUGAUCGAGCGACGCGGCCUGACGGUAGCUCUUUCGCCGCGCGGUGCAGAGGUUUUUGUACAGUUUGAAUGCAGCGGCCGCCCUGGUUAAUCCUGUGACGUCGUUCGAGAAGAGCAGGCCGUUGUGUGUUGGCGUCACGCUCCACAUUUGCUCGCAAAUUACUCGUAUCGGAAUUACACAACAAUCAUCGCCCCCCCCCCUACCCACUGCAAAACCUUGUCAGGAACCUCCUGACAAAAAGUAAUGAGGCUUUAAUGAGUAUACAAGUAGUAAUAAUAUUAAAACGUGGAAGUAUUUUGAAACACAAUACGUUUGGCCACGUGAUCAAAUGUCUCAGCCCUGAGCAAGGCGCCCGGAUUCUCAAGAGGUGCGAUCGUCUUGCCCGGUUGUGGCCGCGAGUUGUGCGUCCGCGAGUUGUGCGUCCGCGAGUUGUGCGUCCGCGAGUUGUGCGUCCGCGCGCUCGCUGCAACGCAACGUGGAAACGCUCCUCUUGCUGCAAAUGCAGCCAAGGCGCGUGCCACCGAACGCUCCGAGGUCUUUCGAACGCAGCCGGUGCCGCGAAGUCGUAUCCGGGACAGAUUUGCAUCGCGCGCACACUCGCGUUUCCUUCGCCGAGACGACUGUGCUCCGCUGUUUCGUCUCGGUGGUCAUUAUUCAGGGUGGGUCGGCAAGUCGUAAGCCCGAACACGAAUCGGUGAAAUGUCCGGACCUAAUUUCGCUCGGCGCUCCCACAUUCAAACUCCAUUAACUCCCACGCUUUGCCUGCCACAGUUGCCAAACGUAUCGACCUGUUCACCUCGAAAAGUAAAACACCUUCAGAGCGAGACAAAUCAACCUCAGGACUGAUCCUGAAAAUCUUCCCGGCAGCAUUCUGUCAGAUAUCCUUGGCAGAUGUGGGUUUUCGGUUUCUUCCUGAAAACGCAGGUUCUGUAAGUCCCACCGGAGCGCUGCAUCGGAAAGCCAAUGAGCAGCGAGAGAGCCCCAUUGACCUUCUUCACAAAGUAUUCAUUCGCGUUACUCUGUCGGCAAGUGUUGAGUCGCGGCGCGGGGGGUGGCGAGCGCUCGCGACGGGUUUUACUUCACCAGUUGCAACCCCACCGACGUUCCUAGGACGCGGCCACGCACCCGCAAUGUCGUUUCGCUCGAAAUUGCCCUCGGCGCAAUGUGUCCGACUCUUGGCGCGACCGUGGGAAUUACGCAUCAGAAUGAAUAUUGUAUGGUUAUUUUGGUGAAGUCACGUAGAUUUUUAAUAAAUAAAGUGAUUAGAAAUUGCUUGUCGCAAUCGAAACGUCGUGAGAAUUUUAUUGUUUUAUAUUUUGAUUAUUUUAUUAUUUCCCUUCUACGUGACUUUACCGAAAGAGCCACAGAAUAUGAAUUCCUGCAGUCACGAAAGUUUUAAAUCAUCAGACUGAAGUCGCGUCGCGUCCACCCGCCCGUCUUUCUUUUUGGGCCAAGGCUCGGCACGAGCGGAUGUACGUGGAGGUUGUAGGCGCUUUGCACAAAGGAAAGUCUUCGUCGCGAGGCGACACCCGACUCCCUCCGUCCAAACCCUCUGCGCACAUUGACGGCAUUCGACAGCCGUACGUUCAGUCGCGCACGUUUAAAAAAAAUAAAAAUUGCGCGCACAAGUUCCAAGCAGCACACGAGCACACACGCCCUCCCAAAGCGCACACAGCAAAACACGAUCAGCAGUCUUUGAACAACUGCCUCGUGGUCCUCUCUUGUCUUUUGUAGAUGGCCGUACAAAAUUUGCUUGAGAAAAAUGUGACCGACCGACAGACGGCAGUGAUGCAGUUAGAGACAACUGUGGAUCGGCUUCCUCCUGAUUAGGACUCAUCAGCACGGAAUACGACACCGGUCCACAUUUGUCCAUCGCUCUAUGUAUGUUGAACCUCCUGCACACCGUACGUAGUCAAGCGUGCAAAUUGGAGGCGCUGCUCAAAUUUAUGUUGAUGUUGACGAUGAGUCGAGAGGACCGCAAUGCAGUGCUCCAGCAACUGCUGAUGGGUUUCGCACAGCACACACGCGCGCUGGUGUGCUCUGUACACGUGCUUGUGUCUCGGUUGAACCCUACGGUUUUACAGGCUGCAUUGUUAUUCUCUUGCGAUGUGUUGUCGUUUUUUUUCUCGCCAUUUGCAAAUUUGACAUUCACUGUUCAGCAGCCUGCAGAUGCGUAACAGCGCUGGGGCUUGUGCGUUGCUUGUGUCGCAAUGCUGAAAAUCGGCACCAAUUUUUGGAAAUGUAACUUAGCGCUGGGAGUCCAGUCGUUUUUGAUCGCUUUAACAAGUGACGCGACACCGAAAUCACGCGACACGUGUACGCACGUUACGUCUCGCCGCACGUGGGGAAACACACCGCUGUCAUCACGUGCGGCCGAUCCACUGCCGCACUGGCCUCGAGCCGUCGCCACCUCGCUCAGAGUUUACGACGCAGCGGUCCGUCCUGGCUCUCGGCACGCUUCCCCAUCUCGCCGCUCCACGUCGGCAGUGCUGGACGUCGUCUCGGCCGCGUUCCCUCCCUGCAGGCGCCGCUUGCCCGUCUCGGCCGCCGGCCCAUCAUCUCUACGUCCGGUGGCGCGAGCCCCAAGUUUUCUCUUCGUUCAAUAUGACCGCUGCAACCUGGCCACCCACGUACGUGCUCUGAUCCACGUGCUCAUCGCCUCCCGAGCUUGCGCGCGCGUGUCUCCAUGCGACUCCCUGCGUCCUCACGCGUACGCACACACCGUUCCUGUUGUAUGUUCUUAAUGUCUGCGAUUCUUAAACAAUUUUUAUUUUACUAAAGUAAAUUUAACUUUUUAGUUUAUUUCAGGUAAGGUCCACUUAGCUAUACGGCUCUUUUACAGAAGCGACCUGGCGGCCACAAAUGAUGGCCCAACGAAGUGGCCUCUCACGUGGACAUGUACAGCAGCCAAAUACUCAGAACGCACUUUGAUUCUAUGUGUAGAGGGGAAAACUGGAGGACCCGGAUACAAAUUCCUCGCGACCGCAGUAAGAACGUGCAAACUCCAAUUAUACAGCAGGGGUCAGGGUCUGGAUCGAGCCCACGACCUCCUGUGUACCACGCGAGGUAGUUGACAUCUCUGCAGCAGGUAAUACACACGGAUUAGAGAUGAUAUUAUUUGAACCACGUGGCUGUGUUGCUUUUCGUGGUUGAGUUAACUUUUUUUUACAAACGCAUGAAGGCCUGCUCUCGUAAGCCUCUUUAUUAAAUCCUUUAUAUUAAGUUCGCUUGCUUGCUUAGGACCGUGCAAAUCUUUCGGUCGUUUUUUAACCCACUUCCCGUAAUCCAAUCGAGCUGACAUUUUGCACACAGACUCGUUGUGCGUGACAAUGCAUUUUCGUGAAAAAUUUUUUCCAAAAUUUGACACUGUUUAGGGAAAUUUUUAAAAAUAUUUUAUUACCAAUUGUUUAAUGCUGCCAGAUAAUCAUCUGACCCAUAGGUGGCAGCCAUCUCAAGCCAGAGGACGAGAGGACUCUAGCCGCCCCGAUGCCACGCAUAUAAAGGAUUUAUAGUGAAAAACUUUGUUUUUACGGGUUUACUUGUUAUUAUAAUUCAGAUCCCGGUCUGCCUUGAACAGCUCACCUGAAUUCACUCUGCUGUGGACAUCUUCAAUUGUUAUUCGUGAACUGGUUGAACUACCUGAGUUUUAUUCUGCCCAUAUUUAUCUUGGGCCCAACUUUGCAGCCUUAUUCAAACAUUCAACUUUUCAAUAAUGUCCCGGAGUCCGUUUUAAAUUGGCCGUUAACGUCAAGUAGUCAACCGAUUAGACGUUUCAUAUUUCGCACAUUGAUGUUUUGUUUAUGCCUUUAUUUCUCUUGUCUGAUAUUCGGAAAAUAUAUUUUAAUGUCACCGUGUCUCCUUGUUUUGGCUCCCCCUUAAUUGUCAGCCCAGCAUUCAUAACAGAUUGUAUACUUUUCAUUUUCAAACGGGUAACAAUUGAAGUGCUUAUUCACGUUUAACUCGCAGAGUUUUUCACGACCACGACAGGCAAAGGCACAUUUUUGUAUUAGCGCGCUGCUCAAAAGCGUCACCCGCACAAACAAAUCAGCCCUGAUCCAGCGGUGUAAAUUCUUCGUUCAUAUGCUGGGGCCAGUCCAUCCGCGACGACCACUGCUGACUUCCCACAGAGUUGGUACAGUCCUCGUUUUGUAGAGUAAUUCAAUGCAGAAUUGACACCUGCCAAAGAUUUCAAUCUGCGACCUCUAAUUAGUCAGUCGAGAACGCUAAGCACGGGGGCCACGUGAUCACGUCUCUUGUGCUCUGGGGAUGGAGGAAAUGCCUCCAGUUUUAAACGUUGUGUGUUUGUGUGCCAUUUUGUGAAUUCUCACUUGGUCUCAUCGUCAGCCAUUUGUAGGACUGCAACAUGCAACGGCAAUAAUAUUUUUACACCUAAAUAGGGCAGAUAAUGCCACCUUGUGCCGCAUCAGAAGUCCCGUCUGUAGCCUUGAUGAGGUAGUGUACGUGUUAGAUAGCUCGCAUGAGGUUGAGCUGCAACGACGAGCGAUACUCAUUGUGCAAUGGCAACGUGUCAACAUUGGAAUUUAUUUUUUGAGGCACAAAUGCCAAGAGGGGGGUUUUUGCGUCAUUUAGACAGCAAUUUUCUCCCAAACUGCAACUUUAUAUUCGUAAAUUGAAUUCUUACUGAGAGUCGGUGAAAAGGGCCAACUUUGGGCCAAAGUGUUGGGGAAUAACGUUGGCUCAACGGUCCCCUGUUUAUUGGAGAGGAGCGUUAUUUUUUCACCGUCAAACAAUGUCGAGUAUUUUUGUUCGUGUCGAUGAUGCAACUCCGUAAAAGUGUCUGCUUUGAGUGUCCGCGACAACAGAAAGCACACGGUUCUAUAUUUACACCCGCUGGGUACAGAACCCAGAUAAGUGUGUCCGUGUGUCGAACUUCUUUCACACCGUACUUAUCCGAACGUGUUCGUCGGUGGUGCGGGAAAUCCUUGUUGGCCGUGAACCGUGUGACCGCGUCUUUUUGUAACAAACGUCUAACGGUUAAAAUGUGGGUGCCGCAUAUCUGUGGAGUUAACCAGAGCAAUACAAUGGUAGGGUAGGUAGGUCGCUACGUAUACGGGGACAGUUGCUACCAUCUUCAGGUUGUGCGUGCGUGUGGCGGUGGUGCAGCGGUUAGCGCGCUAAGCUGCGCUUCGAACCCAGUGACCCGAGUUCGAUUCUCGCUCACGGCCACAAACACCAAGGGACGAUCAUUUGAACCGGUCCCUGGCCUCCCCUCGGUCGACUCAGCCUCAAAUGAGUAGCUGGUGCGGUGUGUAAACAUCGCCACUGGGGAGACAAAGGCGGUCGGGCGUGGUGUUUGGCCACCCACCCCCUCGUGCGCUGUGCCGGCCAUCGGAGGUGCUCGCUAACAGCACUUGCCCCUACAGUCUGUUAAGGCUACACAUAGGAUUGGGGGGGGGGGGGUGUUUGUCUGCAACUGAGGAGUCGAGCGUGUUAAAUUGUCGGCGGCCUGCGGUUGAGAAGCGACGACAAAAGCGAGUGGGGAUUUCUGGACGCGCGGGUUGCGGGUUUUGCGCGGCAAUGAAUGAAUUCCGCGAAUAAUAAUCCACUCGCCUGGUCGCGCGGUCUCGCUCAAGUUUGUUUCUGAGCGACGAUUUGGUGGGGGGGGGGGGGGAUUGUUGUUGUUGUUGAUGUUGUUGUGUUUGGUUCCGUGGAGUUGAGACAUAUCGACGUUCUUCCUGGCGACGGCGGGGGGGGGGGGGUGGUGGCACCUGGAGCGAUAAUUGUCCGACGUUUCUUGGGACGAUUCUCGUUGAUUCCCGUUAUACCAAUCCACGAUUUUUACCAACAAGUGGCAGACGCGCGUGAUACCUGAUGCACAAAUGGUGGUCAUCCAGAACAGAGGCAAUGCCCUCCCGAUCCACAAAUACGCAGGAGACGUCACAAGCGGUGACGACAACACUCCACGCUGCUCCUGACGCGGUAUUCAUCAUCUGUGCUUGACCACCUGAAUGUGAAAUUGUCGUCGUUUCUCUGCGUCGACUUGAUCUGCAGCCUCACGAGAAAGGAAGAAGACCCGGGAUGACCCUUCCACGGGCUCACGACGAUUGUUUCACGAAGAUCCCUGGCGUUUAGGAUGUUUCGGUCAAUUCUAUAAAAGCUUGUUUUAUUGUUGUUGUUGUUGUAAGAAGCUGGAAUUGCCCAAACAUUCGCGAGGGGACAGCACUCGAAAAGCGCCAGGCGGAAAUGUCAUCGGCCUACUUUCUGUACUGCCGCCUGUACGCAUGAGCGUGGGUGUCUCUCGUGCGCUGUCUGGCCCAUCGCCACCCAACUCCGCAUCUCACCUCGCUAAUCCUUGCAGAAUAAACCCCCCCUUCCCCCAAUAACAGUACAGUAUUGUAAUACGAAUCCACAAUUGCCAAGUGGGAAUUGAGUUGAUGUGGCGAGGACCAGAGGCGGCUCGAGGUUAUGGCGAAUCGGGGCGACUGCCCCGGGCCCCGCGCUUGGGGGGGGGGGGGCGUGAGGCUCAUAUCGUGGGAUUUACCCCGCCCCCCCCCCCCCCCGACGCUAUGGACGGCCCUUGCGAGGACUUCACAUUUUUGACCAUCGCUGCAGCUUUUGCGCUGCCGAAGCACACACUGCCACGGGCUGCGCGCGGCGUUAACUUCCCCGCACCGUGGCUUGAUAAUAAUCGACGUCGUCGGAGCGGGUGCUGUUGGAGCGAGGCUCGAGUGGCCUCUGCCCCCCCGUGGUGCUGAGCCCUGCACGUUCCUGUCGGGGUGUUUCUGCGCCCGGCGUGUGCCAUGUCGCCGGUGACGCCAAGACAAUCUGCGGGGCCACGCUGUGGCAAGAGGCGCCGUGGGUUAAUCGAGCGGCUGUGGAUGUAAGAGUUGU